GAUAACAAAAAUAAACAACGUGAACACUCUCUACUAAUCAAUUUUAUUCGUAAGAAGCGAUAUUUCGGUCAAAUUUCUUAAUAAAGCAAGAAUGGUACCACCCGAGCUAACUAUAGACCAAGGAACCCUUCGUGGUUCAACGUCCACGGAUCUUCGUGGUAACACCUAUUUCAAAUUCCAAGGAAUCCCCUACGCCAAACCCCCACUCGGUGAACUACGCUUCAAGGCACCUGUUCCCGCUGAACCAUGGACAGGCGUCUUCGACGCCACUAAAGAAGGCCAGGUUUGCUACCACAGAGACCUUUUCAAAAACGGGGUACUUUCCGGAGGCGAAGAUUGCUUAUUUCUGAAUGUUUACACCAAAACGCUCCCCAGCAACGACAAUAACGUUUUGCGUCCUGUACUCUUCUGGGUUCACGGUGGUGCCUUCUACAUGGGUUCAGGGAACGAAGACUUGUACGGGCCCGAUUUCCUAAUAACCGAAGACGUAGUGGUUGUCACUAUAAACUAUCGUCUAGGGGUUUUAGGUUUUCUUAGUUUGGAAGACCCGUCCUUGGACGUACCCGGCAAUGCGGGGUUCAAAGACCAAGUACUGGCUUUGAAGUGGGUGCAAAGCAACAUUAGCAAGUUUGGUGGGGACCCAAACAAUGUAACGAUUUUUGGGGAGAGUGCGGGUGGUGCUGCCAUCCACUUGUUGGUACUAUCACCCAUGACCAAAGGCUUGUUCCACAAAGCGAUUGCUCAAAGUGGGUGUGCGUUGAACCCGUGGGCUCGAGGAACCACAGGCUGCGAAUUUUUGGGACCGGCUUUGGAUAUUGAACCCUCCGACGAAAAAACCAUCUACAACACCUUGAUGACGAAAUCGGUUGACGAAAUUUUUGAAAUUCAGGAAACUUUCAUGAAUAAUUUGGUACUGAGUGGACGUGGAGCUGUAGGUUUCGUGGUUGAGAAAAAUUCGCCAGACCCGUUUCUGGAUGACGAACCCAUGAAUAUUAUUACUAGUGGUAGAUUUAACCAAGUUCCUUUUAUGGUGGGGUACACGACAGGCGAAGGGAUGAUUUUCGAUCUUAUGGCAAGACAACUUAAAGAUUUCAGAGAUGUAGUACCUUGGUUGUUUGGAUAUCAGCGGGACGCUCCCGACACACAAACCGCAGCUGACAAAAUUAAAAAGUACUACUUAGGAGAUGGCGAAAUUUCUCCAGAAACUGUCAGCCACAUGUACAAUUUGUUCACAGACGUCCAGUUUCUUUAUGGUAUAUACGUGACUGCAAUAAGUCAGUGCGCGGUUUCUAAAGCCCCAACCUAUUUGUAUCGAGUGUCGGUUGAAAGCGACCUCAAUUUUAUGAAGAAGUUUCUAAAAAUUGAAGUACCAGGAGUGUCACAUCUUGACGACGUGGGGUACUUGUUUAAACAUUUUGCCACCCCCGAAAUCAAACGUGGAAGCUUUGAAACCCUGUCGAUUGGUAGGUUUGUCAAAUUGUGGACCAAUUUCGCAAAAUUUGGCAAUCCUACUCCUGACAACAAAGAUCGACUUUUGAAAACCGUCUGGAAACCUGUUACAAGUACGAAAGUUGAUUUUCUAGACAUUGGUCAAGACCUAGUUGCUAUGGUAAACCCAGACCACGAAAGAAUGAAGUUUUGGAAGCAACUGUAUGACGAAAGUCCAGCUGCACAAAUAAAUAAUUUCUCUGUUAAUCGAGUAAAAAUGGUACCACCUGAGCUAACUAUAGACCAAGGGACUCUUCGCGGUUCCACGUCCACGGACCUUCGUGGUAACUCCUUUUUCAAAUUCCAAGGAAUCCCCUACGCCAAACCACCCAUCGGUGAACUACGCUUCAAGGCACCUGUUCCCGCUGAACCAUGGACAGGCAUCCUCGACGCCACUAAACAAGGCCCGGUUUGCUUCCACAGGGACCCUCUCCGCAAAGGGUUAAUUUCUGGAAGCGAAGACUGCUUAUAUUUGAAUGUUUACACGAAAACACUCCCAGACCAUGCAAAUACAACUUUACGCCCCGUCCUGUUCUGGGUUCACGGUGGUGGCUUUUACUUUGGUUCAGGGAACGAAGACUUGUACGGGCCCGAUUUCCUAAUAACUGAAGACGUGGUGGUUGUCACUAUUAAUUAUCGUCUAGGGGUUUUAGGGUUUCUUAGUUUGGAAGACCCGUCUUUGGAUGUACCUGGCAACGCGGGGUUCAAAGACCAAGUACUGGCGUUGAAGUGGGUGCAAAACAACAUUAGCAAGUUUGGUGGGGACCCAAAUAAUGUGACGAUUUUUGGGGAGAGUGCUGGUGGUGCUGCCAUCCACUUGUUGGUACUAUCACCCAUGACCAAAGGCUUGUUCCAUAAAGCGAUUGCUCAAAGUGGGUGUGCGUUGAACCCAUGGGCUCGGGGUACCACAGGUUGCGCUUUUUUGGGACCGGCUUUGGGGGUUGAACCCUCUGACGAAAAAACCAUCUACAACAUCUUGAUGACGAAAUCGGUUGAAGAAAUUUUUCAAAUUCAAGACAUUCUAAUGAGUGGGUUAGUACUGAGUGGACAUAGACCUGUGGGUUUCGUCGUCGAGACGAAUUCGUCCCAGCCGUUCCUGGAUGACGAACCCAUGAAUAUUAUCACCAGUGGGAGAUUCAAUCAAGUUCCUUUCAUGGUCGGGUACACAACAGGCGAGGGGAUGAUUUUCGAUCUUAUGCGAAGAGAACUUAAGGAUUUUAGAGACGUGGUACCGUGGUUUUUUGGGUACGAGCGUGAUGCUCCAGAGACCCGGACCAUAGCCGACAAAAUUAAGAAGUUCUACUUCGGAGAUGACGAAGUUUCGCCAAAAACUGUCACCCAAAAAUACAACUGUCUCACAGACGUCCAGUUUCUUUACGGUAUUUAUGUCACCAUAAUAAAUCAGGUUGCGGUUUCACAAGUCCCAACCUAUUUGUAUAGAAUGUCGGUUGAAAGCGGUCUCAACGUUCUAAAAAUUUUUUUAAAAAUUGAAGUACCAGGAACGUCGCAUUACGACGACGUGGGUUACUUGUUUAGACAUUUCGCCACCCCAGACAUAACUCCGGGUAGUACCGAAGAUCUUUGUCUUACAAAAAUCGUAAAGUUGUGGACCAAUUUCGCAAAAUUUGGCAAUCCCACUCCUGAUGUUAACGACCCUCGAUUGAAAGCGGUCUGGAAACCUGUCACCAAUACCUCAAACCUUGACUUCUUGGACAUUGGCAAAGAUCUAGUGGCUUUGGUGAACCCAGACCCCGAAAGAAUCAAUUUUUGGAAGCAACUCUUCUCCGAGAGUCCCGCCGCUCACAAAACCCACCACAAAUAAAAUCUUUGUACUUUGUUUGAACGAAUAAAAGUUGAACUUUGACUAUCAA